CGGUCCAGAGAAGGCCUUGCCACCUGGCCGCGGCGACAGCGACAUUUGAGCUAUGGUCGCUCUGGAGAACCCCGAGGGCUGCUCAGAGGAGGUGGCGGCGACCGCAGGGGUCAUUCCGGGCAGGCGCCAGACGCAACACCUUGCAGGAUGCUUGCCCACUCUAGCUGGCUCCCAGGUGAAGAGGUUCUCAGCCUCCAAGCGGAAGCAGCACUUCAUCAACCAGGCUGUGCGGAACUCAGACCUUGUGCCCAAGGCCAAGGGGCGGAAGAGCCUCCAGCGCUUGGAGAACACCCAGUACCUUCUGACCCUGCUGGAGACAGACGGGGGCACACUUGGUCCGGAGGAUGGGGACCUGGCACCCCCCGCAGCACCCGGCAUCUUUGCAGAGGCCUGCAACAAUGAGACCUAUGUAGAGGUCUGGAAUGACUUCAUGAACCGCUCUGGGGAGGAGCAGGAGCGGGUCCUUCAGUACCUGGAGGAUGAGGGCAAGAGCAAGGCGCGGAGGAGGGGGCCUAACCGGGGGGAGGACCGGAGGAGAGAAGACCCUGCUUACACCCCCGGAGAAUGCUUCCAGCGCAUCAGCAAGCGCCUUCGAGCUGUUCUCAAGCGGAGUCGCAUCCCCAUGGAAACGCUGGAGAUCUGGGAGGAGCGGCUGCUGAGGUUCUUUUCCGUGUCCCCCCAGGCUGUGUACACAGCCAUGCUGGACAACAGCUUUGAGAGGCUCCUGCUCCACGCUGUCUGCCAGUACAUGGACCUCAUCUCAGCCAGUGCCAACCUGGAGGGCAAGAGGCAGAUGAAGGUCAGCAAUCGGCACCUGGACUUCCUUCCCCCUGGGCUGCUUCUGUCCGCUUACCUGGAGCAACGCAGCUGAUGGCAGCCCACCUGCCCCCCUUUCCUGUCAAGACUUCCUAUACCACCCACUAAAAUGUUUGUUAUUUUUAGAAUUUGUCCUUGGAAACAUGCUCUCCCUCAUGGGGUGGCACUCUCACCCUGGCCCCAUCCUAUCCCAGCUCUUCCAGGUAAAUGCUGGUAGCUGGAGCUGCCCCAGACUAUGUCAGGCCCAUAGCUUUCUGCUCUGGGACUUGUAUUUGGAUGGGGAGACCUGGCCUGUUCACUUCCAUGUUCCUUUUUGGGUCGGCUUUUUAGCCCAGUGUGAAGCUUAAGCAAGGAGGACUUCUAGGGUUUUUUGUUUUUUGUGUUUUUUUUUAAUUUUUUAAAUCACUUUUAAUGAAUUCGGCAUGAUAGGUAGAUUUUUAAAUUUCCCUUUUGGGAAGAAAAACCAAAUACUUGCCCCAACUGAUAAAUCGGGGAGACUUGUUUUAUCCUCUGUUUGACCUCCCUCCCAAUUUUUGGCUAGAAUUGGGGGGUCUCUGGGGUGCUGCCCUCACCCCAGGAGCAUUACGUAUUGUGAGUGUGUGUGUGCAUGCGUAUACACACCGAUGUCCUGUGACCCAGGACAGAAGCUGUGUCUUACUGGCUGGUUUUACCCUCAUUUUGGAAUGUGUGUUUUCCUCCCCUGGUGUCUUUGGGUGGCUCUUGGGGCCCUGCCUGCUCUACAACCCCUCUCCCCAAUUUUUCUCCCUUCUCUUCAUCCUGGGGGUCCGGGACUUCCAGCCAGAAGCCUCUGCCCUCUCACUACCACGCUCCCCUCUUCAUGUCUCUUCACCUCCCACCACCCCAAGCCUGACUCUGGCCUGUUGCUUUGGGGUAUCCCUAUGCUGGUCACCCUGACCUGGGCCAUAAGAGCAGGGUUGUGGGACUCCCUACCUUUACUCCCGUAUGUGUGGCUAGUUGUACUUUGGGAAAAGUGGAGAAUUCAAUAAAUUUCUGGUGCUCUGGUC